GCGUUCACAUAACAGCUGUACCCAUUGAUGUGCCACAAAACCCAAACAGUGAGCACAGCUGCUAGCGACGGGACCAUAGUAAAGAAAGAGGCGCAGGCCUAGCGUUAGUUAAAUUGUCCUGUUACAGUUUUAUGGUGGCAUCGGGACUUUUUGUGACGUCGUUGUCGCAACUGUUGUAACUGAAGUCGAGUGGGGUUGUCUCAUGGUGUUACUAAAAACUGACAGAAAGAGUGAAGAGGUUGGUUUAAUGUGCGUGGCAUCAAGACAAGAGGCACCAUGAGUGCGGAGCUGGAUGCACUGGCCGUGGUGAACCAGCUGCGAGAUCUUGCUGCAGACCCCCUGAACCGAAGAGCCAUAGUAGAAGACCAAGGCUGUCUGCCAGGUCUCAUCCUUUUUUUGGACCACCCCAACCCACAGGUCGUCUACUCUGCACUAUUGGCCGUGCGCUACCUGGCAGAAUGUCGAGCCAACAGGGAGAAGAUGAAGGGCGAGCUGGGCAUGAUGCUGAGUUUGCAGAAUGUCAUGCAGAAGAGUACGUCACCCGGGGAGACCAAACUGCUGGCCUCUGAGAUCUAUGAGAUCUUGCAGUUAGCUGGUAAAGAACAGGCCGAGCAGGCCGAGGCAGCGGCUGCCUCCUGCCAGCGUAAAGCCCAGUUCUUCCUGGGCUCCAACAACAAGAGGGCCAAAACUGUGGUGCUGCACAUUGAUGGACUGGAUGAUCCUACUCGAAGGAGCCUUUGUGAGGAGGCGUUGCUGAAGAUUCGAGGGGUCAUCAGCUUCACCUUCCAGAUGGCUGUCAAGAGAUGUGUUGUCAGGAUCCGCUCCGACCUUAAAGCUGAGGCGUUGGGCACAGCAAUCAACUCCACCAAAGUAAUGAAGGCACAGCAGGUGGUGAAGACUGACGAUGGAGGAGAGCUGAUUUUGCCAUUCCAAGAGGGCUCCGUGGUGCCGGUAGAGGAGAACACCGACAUCCCAGACUACCUGCCCGAGGAGGAGAGUCCGUCCCAGGAGCAGGACAAAGCCGUCACGCGCGUAGGCUCCAUCACAGACGGCAUGGGCUGGCUCAGCACGGCCGCCAACUUCCUGACACGCUCCUUUUACUGGUGACCACUUCCUGUGUCUCUCUCUCUCUCUCUCUCUCUCUCUCUCUCUCUCUCUCUCUCUCUCUCUCUCUCUCUCUCUCUCUCUGCUGCCUGUCUCCUCUAAAGUACCAUCCAGCUGCAGCCUUAGCGUCUCUCAGCCUCGCCCCGGACUAAGCCCUGCCUCACGGCCCUACACUAGUCUAGACUCCCCCCUCUCUCUCCGCUAAGCACACAGAAGCCGGCCAGAUGUGUGCGACAAGUGCUGGACUGCCAAGUGGAACUUGCAAUAACUUAAACUUGUGUAUAUACUGAGCUACAAAUCCCACUACUGGCUAUAUGUGCACAACUAUAUACUAGCUGCAUAUGUAUCUCACAAGACAUAGCCAGAGGACUUCAAAUCAGCCGAAACCAAAUAGCAUUCUGGAAAUGUGUAUGGCUGCAUGGACAGAGUUGAAAUGUGGCAGGCGUAUUUAAUUAUUCUGAGGCUGAUUUUGAUUACGUUGAAAGUUUUUUUGUGCAUGAUUUUUGGUUGCUUCCUCAAAUUGUCCUCUUUACGAUACAUUAUUUCCAUCUUUAAUUUUCUAAUUAAUUUUGUCUUCCCCCUUCAGUUUUAUUAGCAUGCUAUGAGUCUUUUGUGCCAAUCUUGCCUGAUGCCUAGAUCUGUGACUAUUGUGUGUGCCUUUUUUGACAUUUUACUUUAAUAUUUUUCCAUCAGUCAUUCAAAUAAUUUAAGAGCUCCGAGCAUGUCAGAUGUAACGCUCCCAGGUGGUCCUUAGCAGCAGCAGCUGGCCUCCCAUAGCUUGUAGCUGACUGAGGUACGUCUCUAUAGUAGAAAUAGAAAACUAGACACCAGCAAGAGGCCACAGCCCAUUCAGCCACUGGCCCACAUGCAUUAUACUGUUGCAUCCUCAAAGAAGAACUCCUUAGCUGAUCAAUAUAACACCCUUCCCUGCGUUUAGCUGGACUCAUAGACAUGUUUCUAUGGCUGGACUCCUCUGAUGAUGCUAUAAUGCAGGAAUAAAAACCCAAUGUGAGCUUGCAGAAGCUGUGAGUUGACUGACAGCUCCUUGUGUUACUUCCACAGACUUUAGGCUACCUCUGCUUUCAGCCCUCUAUCUCACAUCAGCGUUAAAGUCUUCUGUAGUUUUAGUAAAACUCUUACUCAGCAUGUGGAAGACAAACCUGUUAGCCGCCUGCUUGUCAAACGUUUCCCCGUGUUACCCAGACUCCCACUGGACAUCUUUUUUUUUUUUUUUUUUUUACAGUAUUGUAGCCUCACCUGUUUAGUUCAGUUUUCAGUUUAGCCAGCAGUGUCCUUAAAGCAAAGAUCAUGUUGGUGCACGCUCACACACACACACAAACAAACACACACACAUACAGUACAGAGGACUCACUAAUGCUGUCACAUGAGCAGUAGUGGGAUACUGGAACAAGGAUGUGGUUAUGUACAUUUUGUAUAUGGUGCCUGAUUCCCUAAAAUCUCAGACCUUACAUGUGAAGGAAAAUUUUGUUUUUGUAAUACUCAUUUGCAUUUUAUGUCACAAAAUAGGAUAACAGCAGCUAAUGCUAACGCUCUUAGCUCCUUUUCUUUAGUCUUUACAACCCGUGACUCACACCAGGUUUAAUUAUUAUCUCCUCUGACUUGUGUGAGUGUCAUUAACGAUUAUUAUAUACAGUGCUGACCGGGCGACUUUUAUUGUUCUGAUGGUGCAGAGACGUCACAGUUGGUUGAGGUCAAACGGAUAGGAGAAUGGGACAGAACGACCUGAGUAAUCUGAAUUGACGGUGGCUAUUCUCUGGAAAAAGCAAUAAUAAUGUUUUGCAUUAAGUGUAGUCAUCAUAGAUCAGCCUUUAAAAUAAUGUUUUUGAAUAAAAGUUAUUAGUUAAAAGUCAGGAUUCUCAUCAGUAUUAAAAUUUCUUCUUUAUUUGUCCGUUUUUGCACAGAUUUAAUCUCUAAAUUGCAUCUUGUAAUUUCAUUUUUAAUAUUUGAUGACAGCUCAUACUGCAGAGAAAUACUUGAACAUUGUUUCUUAGAUCUGUUCUUAUGCAUUGAUUCAAUUGUAAAUUACCCACCGCUGUUAGAUUAACCACAUCUGUAAGGACAACAUACCACAAAGUAAGUCCUCAAAAAUGUAACUUCAUGUGUACAGACUUCAUGUGUCUGUCAUCAGAUGUAAUAUAAUGUAACACAGAUGUUAAAGCUGUAGAUUCCCUUACACUGUUAAUGCAAACGAUGAUAAACUUAAAAUCAAAAUGUG